AUGGUCGCCGCCGCUUCAGUCACCAACUUCUUCCCAACCGUCGUAGCAACACUUGGUUAUAGCCGCACAAUCUCACUUCUUCUCACCGCGCCGCCAUAUGUUUUAUGCAUGUUCACAGCCUUUUCGAAUGCUCUGCACGCGGACAAAACCGGUGAAAGGUACUGGCAUAUAACACUGCCACUAUGGGUUGCCUUAGUUGCCUUCAUCAUCGCCGCCAGCACUACAGCUCUGGGCCCGCGUUAUCUCUCCAUGAUGCUCAUGGUUCCCGGAAUCUACACGUCCUACGUUGUCAGUUUGUCUUGGAUCUCCAAUAUCCUCCCCCGCCCACCCGCGAAGCGUGCCGCGUCAAUAGCCGCAAUCAACGCCGUUUCCAACUCGAGCCAGAUCUGGUCCGCGUAUAUGUACCCAAAAUCCGCUGGGCCCAGAUACGUCGUCGCAAUGAGCGUCAACACCGCAAUGACCUUCAUCAGCAUCUUGACAGCGACAAUCCUGAGGAUCCAUCUAACGAGACUGAAUAAAAGGCUUGAUGAGGGCCUCCCCGUGCCAGAUGUUGUACCGGAUUCCGAGCAGCCCGAGUCGGCGGAAGAAGUAGGGGGGAGGAGGAAGGGGUUCAGAUUCUUGGUCUGA